AUGGGCAAGGCCAAGGGCAAGAAGGGCCGCCGGCAGCAGGACUCGUCCGACGACGACGACUUCGUCGACCCCAUCCAGGCCGCGCUGGCCGCGGGCGGCGGCGACGACGCCGCCGUCGCGGUGCCCGCGAAGAAGGCGCCGAAGAAGAAGAAGGGCCGGCAGGCGAAGGGCGCCGCCGCCGCCGCCGAGGACGACGACGCGCCCGCCGCGCCGCCGCCGCCGCCGCCGCCGGCCCGGAAACAGAAGAAGGGCGGGCGGUUCCGCGGCGACAGCUCCGAGGACGAGGCGCCGGCGCCGGCGCCGGCCGACGACGCGCCCAAGAAGCUGAGCCGGGCGCAGCUGCGCAAGCAGAAGCUCGCCAAGAAGGCCGGCCGCGCGGAGCCCGAGCCCGAGCCCGAGCCCGCGGCGCCGCCGCCUCCACCAGAGGAGGAGGAUGAGGAGGAGGAGGAAGAGGUAGAAGUGGCGGCGCCGGCGCCGCGGCGGAAGAAGGACAAGAAGGCGGCGCGGCGCGCGGCGGCGAUGGCGGCGAUGCUGGCGGACGAGCCGUCCGAGGACGAGGAGGAGGACGACGACGAGGCGGAGACGGUGGCGGAGGAGACGGUGGUAGAGGAACCCCAGGUGAAAACGAAGAAGAAGAUGAGCAAGGCCGAGCGGCGGCGCGCGAAGGCGGCGCCCGGCGCGGAGGCGGAGGACGCCGUCGCGGCGCCGGCGCCGGCGCCGGCCGUCGCCGCGGCGCCUCCAAAAAAGCUCUUCGGGGGCGGCAAGAAGACCGACGCCUUCGCGGCGGCCAUGGCCGCGGCCGAGGAGAGGGACGAGGACAACGGCGACGCCGACCAACUCAAGGCGUCGCUCGACAAGUACCGCAAGAAGCUCAAGAAGGCGAGUGCCGAGGACGCCGCGAAGUACGAAGCCAAAAUAGCCAAGUACGAGAAGAAGCUCGAAGCGCUCGACGAGGCAAAGAAGCGGAAGGCCGCGGACGCCGACAAGGACGUGGACACGGACGCGGCCCUGGCGGCCCAGGGCGGGUUGCUGGGCGGCGACGACGCGUGGCGCGACGACUCGAACGACCACCACGGGCGGGGGCCGCGCGUCGAGGCGACGUUCGAGGCGUGUCUCGCGAACGCCGUGAGGGCGAACGACGGCCAGGCCCUGUCGAGCAAGGCCCGGCGCAAGCUCGAGAAGGACUACGCGUCCCGGAAACGGGCCGCCGAGGCCUACGCCGCGAAGGAGCAGGCCUCGCUCGAGGGCGCGCAGUUCGCCUGUUCGCAAUCCGCAAUUGAUGAAAAUGACGCGGCCUGGCUCAACGCGCUAGACGUCAAGAUCGACUCCUUCACGAUCUCCGCCGCGGGCAAGACGCUCUUCGAGAACUCGUCUUUAUUAAUUGCGCACGGGCGGCGGUACGGCAUCGUCGGCCCGAACGGCCGCGGGAAGACGACGCUCCUGAAGAUGAUCGCGUCCGGCGACUUGCGGGUGCCGCCGCGCGUGCAGUGUUUAUACGUGGAGCAGGAGGUCCAGGCCGACGACACGACCGCGGUGGACGCGGUCCUGAAGGCCGACGUCGAGCGGACGGCGUUGAUGGCCGAGGAGGUUUCAUUAACGAAAAAGCUCGAGACGCUCGCGGGCGCCGCCCAGGCCGAGGCGACGGACCGAUUGCGGGUCGUCGGCGAGGAACUCAAGGCCAUCGGCGCGUCCGCGGCCGACGCGAAGGCGCGGCGGAUCCUGUUCGGGCUGGGCUUCUCGCCGGAGAUGCAAGUGCGGGCCACGAAGCUGUUUUCCGGCGGCUGGCGCAUGCGCAUCUCCUUGGCGCGGGCGCUCUUCAUGGAGCCUAUUUUGCUGAUGCUCGACGAGCCGACGAAUCACUUGGACUUGAACGCCGUCAUUUGGCUGGAUGAUUACUUGCAAAAAUACAAGCAUACCAUAUUGGUCGUGUCGCACGACCAGGACUUCUUGAAUUCGGUGUGUGACGAGACGCUGCACAUCUCGGAGCAGCGGACGCUCGACCACUACCGGGGCAACUACGACACGUUUAAGGCCCUCGAACGGCAGAAGCGGAACCAGCAGCAAAAGGCCUGGGAGAAGCAGGAGAAGCAGCUCAAGGCCCUGAAGGGCAAGGGCGGCAACUCGAAGAAGAAGGCCGAGGAGCUCAUGAAGAAUAGUCGGAGUAAGCGCGAACCGAAGGACAAGAAGAAGCAGCAGGCCAUCGCUUCCGGCCAAGCGUCGGCCGACGUCACGACGCUCAUCGAGCGGCCCAAGGAGUAUGCGGUCGAGAUGGAGUUCCCGCCCGUGCCUCGAUUGGCGCCGCCCGUUUUGCAAGUUAUCGACGCGCAGUUUCGAUACGCGCCGCAACUCCCGCUCAUCUUCACGGACAUGAAUUUUGGCAUCGACCAGGACUCGAGGAUUUGUGUCGUCGGGAAUAAUGGUAGCGGGAAGACGACUUUAUUAAAUUUGUUGACGGGCAAGCUGCAAUGCACGGACGGCGACGUGAAGCGGAACCCGAAGCUCCGCAUAGGCGUAUAUAAUCAGCACUUCGUCGAGCGCCUACCGAUGGACGAGUCGCCCGUCGACUACCUGCGGAGAUUGUUUGAAGACGAGACGUAUCAAAGUAUAAGGAACAUGUUAGGAAGGUACGGCCUGCAGGGCCACGCGCACACGAUUGCCAUGCGCGACCUGAGCGGGGGCCAGAAGGCGCGCGUGGUGCUGUGUGAGCUGUCGCUGGCCGCGCCGCACAUGCUUCUGUUGGACGAGCCGACGAACAACCUGGACAUCGAGACGAUCGACGCGCUAUGCGACGCCAUCAACGGGUAUGAUGGGGGCGUGAUCUGCGUGACGCACGACGCGCGGCUGAUCGAAGCGACGAACAUGCGGCUCUGGGUCGUGGAAGACAGGAUGGUCGUCGAGUGGGGCGAGCCCUUCGACGCCUACCGGGACCACCUCCUGGAGAAGCUCGAGAAGGCCAUGAACGACGCCGAGUCGCGCGUGACGGCCGCGGGCGUGAGUGUCGACAUGGGGGGGAACCGCUGCGGGGAGGGUCCCACGAUGAUUUAA